CAGAACACACACAUUCUCUCUGUUGGAAACCCUAAACAUCGAAUCCCCAAAUCUAAACCCUAACAAUGUAGAUUAUCCUUCAACCUUGCAUAGUUUCAAUUCCAAAUUUAACAAGAAUUGAUGACGAGAAUCGCAGUGUUAAUAGAAGGGUUUUUACUUCAGAAGCUGCUUCGUCUCCGAAGUAACGAAAGAAGCGAUCGCCUCUCCUUGCAACCCAAUUUUUUUCGCCGUCCCGCCGACUACUCCUCCAACGGCGCCGAGAGAAGAAUAUAUGGAGCCAAGUGGGUCUUUUGGUCCAGAGCAUUUACUUAAUAUCUAUUUAUUUUUAUAUUUAUUCAUCAUGAAUUGUAUAUUUUGAUUUGAAGUGGAUAAAUCUAACGGGUCCAACUUCAUGUUAGUCAUGGUUAAAGGUGUCAUUUCCUUGUUAGUGAUCUUGGGAUGAUCUACUUGUUACAUUGCCACAAUGCGGAGGUUCUUAAUCGUUGGGAUUGGCUGGGAUUGCAGUGUUUUCUUUGGCAUAUCUUCAUUUAACUUCAUGGCAGUUUCCACCUUCAAUAAGGGAAGCUUGAAAUGGUAUGAUAGCAUCCCUCUAUCAUUACGAGUUGGAAAUACAAAUUUCAAACGAGGCAAUGGAAAAUAUAACUACUAUGAAGUUGGGGUUAGAUAUGCUAAAGGAAAAUAUUGUAAGCGACGCCAAUCUCCAUAUCUCAGUAUUGUGAUAAUUGACGAAGUGGGGUAUUCCCAUGAUUCCUAGUAGGAGAUAACUCUCUUUGCCAAGGUUGACAGGUUUGUUUGACUCAUCGAUUUGUUCAUUAUACUUCUUUUCAACCAAACUUUAUAUCAAGUCCCAAAUUUUCAAAUAUGUGAUAGAAAGAAAAUGUAAAGCAUACA